UUUAUAUAAACAGACACUAGUAGGAUAUGACUCACAAUACAAGUCUGUUUCUUUUCCAUGGCUACACUAAUCCUCUACUUGUCAGGUCUUUUCUCCUUUGUCCUCUUAACCCUUAUAGUGCAGAAAAUAGGCAAGAACCCGAAAAAAACUGACUCAACUUAUAACUUUCCCCAAGGGCCUAGGAAGCUACCCUUUAUAGGAAACAUACACAAUCUUAUAAGCUCUCAACCCCAUAGAAAUUUAAGAGACUUGGCCAGAAAAUAUGGACCCUUGAUGCACCUUCAACUUGGAGAGGUUUCUACUAUUGUCAUUUCCUCACCAGAGUGUGCUAAGGAAGUGAUGAAAACCCAUGACAUUAACUUUGCAAAAAGACCAAAAAUCCUAGCUGCAGAAAUAAUGUCUUACAAUUCCACAGGCAUAGCUUUUGCUCCUUAUGGUGAUUAUUGGAGACAGCUAAGGAAGAUUUGCAACUUGGAGCUUCUAAGCCUAAAACGUGUGAACUCAUUCCAGCACAUUAGAGAAGAAGUGUUCUCCAAUCUUGUGAAACGGAUUGAUUCAGAGAUAGGAUCGCCAAUCAACCUUACUGAAGCAGUAAUUUCAUCAAUAUACACAAUUGUUUCAAUGUCUGCCUUUGGCAAGAAAUGCAAAGACCAAGAGAGUUUUAUAUCAGUGUUAAAAGAAUCAAUUAAGAUUUCGGCAGGUUUUGACUUAGGAGAUUUGUUUCCUUCUUCUCCAUGGCUUCAACUUUUUACUGGUUUGAGGCCUAAGUUUUUGAGAUUGCAUCAUAAAACUGAUAAGAUAUUAGAAGACAUCAUCAAUGAGCACAAAGAGGCAAAGUCAGAAGCCAAAGAUGAACAAGGUGAAGCAGAGGAAGAUUUGGUAGAUAUUCUCCUAAAAUUUGAGGAUGGUGGUAACAACAAGGAUUUUUCCUUAACUAAAAACAAUAUAAAGGCCGUGAUUUUGGACAUAUUUAGUGCUGGAGGUGAGACAUCAGCUAUGACAGUAGAUUGGGCAAUGGCAGAAAUGGUAAGGGAUCCAAGAGUAAUGAAGAAAGCACAAGCUGAGGUGAGAGAGGUUUUCAAUAUGAAAGGGAAGGUUGAUGAACAUUGUACCAAUGAGCUCAAAUAUUUGAAGUCAGUUAUCAAAGAGACCCUGAGGUUGCACCCUCCAGCACCUCUUUUGCUUCCAAGAGAAUGCGGUCAAGCAUGUGAGAUACAUGGUUAUCACAUACCAGCCAAAAGUAAAGUCAUAGUCAAUGCUUGGGCAAUUGGAAGAGAUUCAAACUAUUGGACUGAACCAGAGAGGUUUUAUCCUGAGAGAUUCAUUGAUAGCACUAUUGAUUACAAAGGGAAUGAUUUUGAGUACAUUCCUUUUGGUGCUGGAAGAAGAAUAUGCCCAGGUAGCACAUUUGGUCUGAGAAGUAUUGAGUUGGGCCUUUCAAUGUUGUUGUAUCAUUUUGAUUGGAAGCUUCCCGGUGGAAUCAGAAGUGAAGAAUUGGACAUGACUGAGGAAUUUGGAGUCACAGUAAGAAGAAAACAAGAUCUGUUAUUGAUUCCUUUUGCUUAUCAUCCUUUGCAUGUCACAGGAGUUUCACAAGAAGAAACUUGAAACCUUUGUUGGUGUCCCCAUAAUAUAGUGUGGAGGCAAGAAACCUACCGUCAAUUGAAAUAAAUAGGCUAUGUUUGACUAUGAAUUGACAAUAGGUUAAAAAUUGUGUAUCUUAUAGUAAUAAGUUUUAUGGAAUGAUACUUAGACAUUUAAUAAGUAUCUAUAAACACCUCAUUCUCUCUAUUUCUCGAUCUAUAAUGAUAAGGGGGUAAGUGCCCCCACAACAUUUCUCACUUUUAA